UUCCAAUUUAAAUAGCUCCUCCGGUUUCCAAGUUUUGUUCUCAUUUUGCGCUUCUUUUAUUUCAUUUCUAUUCUUCUUCUUCUUCUUCUUCCAUGCUCCAAGUAUAUUUCUACCUCACUCUUCUCGCCGUGCCGUAUUGGAACCGCCGUUGAUUUCCCUCUAUGUCAUCACCGAAGCUCAACUGAACCCAAAAAAACACUUAUCCUUUCCAAUCAACACUUCCCCUUCUUCUUUCUUUUUCUCUUACCAGGGAUACAAAAUGAUUGGAUCCUUUGUUACGAGGAUACUUGUGAUGGUUUUUGGUUAUGCUUACCCAGCAUAUGAAUGCUAUAAAGCAGUUGAAAAGAAUAGGCCGGAAAUUGAACAGCUACGCUUUUGGUGCCAGUAUUGGAUUUUGGUGGCUCUUUUGACGGUGUGUGAGCGAAUUGGUGAUACAUUUAUAUCAUGGGUUCCAAUGUAUAGUGAAACUAAGUUGGCAUUUUUUAUAUAUCUAUGGUACCCGAAAACAAAGGGAACAACAUAUGUGUAUGAUUCUUUCUUUAGACCAUAUGUUGCGAAGCACGAGCCAGAUAUUGAUCGCAACUUGAUGGAACUAAAGACACGAGCAGGAGAUAUUGCAGUUUCGUAUUGGCAAAAAGCUGCUAGUUACGGCCAGACUAGAAUAUUUGACAUUUUGCAGUAUGUUGCUGCUCAAUCAACGCCAACAGCUCGCCCUGCUCAGCAACGACCGGGUGUGAGGGCCCGCCAACCUGCAUCCAGCAGUAGUAACCAACAUGCUCCUCCAACAGCACCACCAGCUGAGGGGCCAACUCCUCCCACUUCUAGCUCAUCUUCAAGCCAGCAUCAGAAGGAACUAGCAGAGGAGUUGGGUUCUUCGCAAGUACCUAAAACACUCUCCUCUUUAGCAGGUUUAAAUACUCAAAAGAAUAUUCCUACGCAAGAAUCUGGCAACCAAUCUGCACCUGCAGAGGCAGAACCAAUGCAGAUUGAAGCGGCACUUCCGUCAUCCUCUUCUGCCAAUGAAAACCCUCCUUCAAGCGAAACAAUAAUGGAAGAAAGCAUUAGGGUUACACGGGGCAGACUAAGAAAAACUAGAUCAGAUGGAACUCAUUAGGGCUUCCAAAGUUCCAAUGUUUUUCAAUUUUUUAGGUGAAGUACGAUUUGCUUUGAAUUGCUGUAGAAUAUUACAGUAGUAUGCAAGUGAGUUGCCUCAGUUUCCAUUCAACUUUUUCUGUUUUUUUUUAAACAAAAAUAUUUAUGAACACUAUAGUCUCACUACCUAGAAAAUGUGUGAUUUUGACCUACCAGUAA